AUGGGCUCCUUGAUCACCGCAGGGUCUCAGGAAGAAGUCAUCCAGUUCAUCGGCACAUCGCCGAGGGAUCCGAGGGUGAUGGCUCGAACAAAUUCGGAUUUCCGGGGUCGUGUGUUGAGCCACAACCUGAACCCCCUGAACCUGGAUGAUUGGUCACCCCCCUUUGCCUGCAGCACCUGUUCCAAUGCUGAGUGGGACAAUGGACAGCUCCCUUCCCCGUUGGAAGCUCCUCCCAGUGCUGUGAGUUCCCAAAGAGCCCAAUACCCCUUAACUAAGGAAUAUUCCUUAGAUCAUAAUAAGGAUCCCUUUAUCAUUUAA